CUUACUGACGCACCUUAAACUGAAUGUAAACACUCACACGUGUAUAAAAUGUCGAAGGAAAGCAGGACGCUAUUCGUGCGAAAUCUGCCAUAUUCCAUUACACAGGAUCAACUAGCAAUCAAAUUUUCAGAUUAUGGUCCUAUCAAAGAUUGCUUCCUUGUAAACAAUAAAGAAACUAGAAAAAGCAGGGGGUUUGGUUAUAUCAAAUUUACAGAUUUGGAUGAUGCUAAAAAGGCCAAGGAGGCGAAAGUCCUCUUGGAAGGUCGAAAGGUGCUCAUAGACUUUGCAGACAUUACAAAGAAAAAGAAAUCUGAGAAAAAGCCUCGACCGGCUCCCGUGACAAAGACAGAACCUGUGGCCAAUGACCCUGGGGGGAAGGGAAGCCAAGAGGAGGAGGUGGAGGGGGAUGAAGGGACUGAUGAAGAGGACAAGACUGAAACUAAGGAGGGUAUUCCAGGGACGAAAUCCCCAAAGAUGAAGAAUGUCAAGUACCACAAGGCCAAGAUAGUUGUACUGUCGGGGCUACCAGCGGGCAUGCAGCUUGACGAGCUGAACAAAUGUCUCGAGAAAAUGAGUGUUAAACAGCUAGCAGAAAGCCACUUGGUCAGUGCCAAUGUGGCUCAUCUCAAGUUCAAAUGCAUCCGGGACGCCAAGCGGGCUAUAAGAAAGCUGCACAAUCAUCCUUACAAAGACUGCAUGCUGCAAGCGGUGCAAAUGUCCCAGGAAAGACAGGCCGUGACACCUCAGGCAGGCACCAGAAGGUCAAGGGUCAUCGUGCGAAAUCUCUCCUUCAAAUGCGGUGAGGAUGGUUUGAGGAAGGCAUUUGAGCAGUGUGGGGAAAUCACGGACAUCAGCAUCCCCACGGGCGCUGAGGGCAAGCUGCUGGGGUUCGGCUUUGUACAAUUCAACACUAUGGAGGAGGCAAGCAAAGCUGUGGAGCAAAUGAAUACACAGAAAAUCAUGGGCCGUAGUGUUGCUGUGGACUGGGCCCUUCCGAAAGACAAGUAUGAGAGUGCAAAGAAGCAGCAAGAUGACAGUGACAAUGACUCUGAUGAGGGUGCUGUCAGUGCAAGGAGUGAUUCGUCUUCCAGUGAGCUGAAGAAGACGAAGACAAAUACACACAUAAAGAUGGGGCAAUCUGAUGAUGAGGGGGUAUCAUCAGACGACAAUGAAGGGGAUGAAGAAAGCGAUGAUGGAGUGGAAGAAGAAGAUGAUGAUAAAUUGAAGAAGGAAGGAGACACUGACGAUGAAGAUGAUGAAGAUGAUGAGGGAGGCAGUAAUGAGGAUGAAGAUGAUGCCACUAAAAACGAUAAGAAAGCAAUAAAGAAGCAAUCUUUUCAAGGCCGUACUGACACGAAUGAUGGUUGCACCCUCUUUAUAAGGAAUCUUUCCUUUGAUACCAUGGAGGAAGGCAUGCUGGAGUUCUUUGAGAAGUUUGGGCAGCUCAAGUAUGCCAAGGUGGUCAUCAACCAGCAGACAGAGUUCUCCAAAGGUAUGGGGUUUGUGAGGUUCGUCUCCAAGGACUCAGCGGACCACUGCCUGCGCGAGGGAGAGGCCGGGAACCUGACCCUGGACGGACGCCAGUUGAACAUCACGCUAGCCGUGUCAAGGGAGAAGGCGGCCGACUUUCAGGAGAAGAAAGAGAAGGAGAAGAAAGACAAUAGAAACUUGUACCUGGCCCGGGAAGGAAUGAUCCGACCUGGGACCCAGGCAGCCGAAGGGCUUACUAAACAGGACCUCGAAAAACGCAUGAAGGUGGAUGAAGUGAAGAGACAGAAAUUGAAGAACAUCAACAUCUUCAUCUCACCUCUGCGUCUCUGCGUACGUAACAUUCCACCAACUGUGGACGAGCAGUCACUACGCAAGAUCUUCAAGGACGCUGCAGGCGACCCCAAGGCUCUUAUUUUGGAGUGCCGUAUAAUGAGGGACAGAGCCAGGUUGAACUCAGAAGGCAGGGGAAAGUCACUUGGGUUUGCCUUCAUCAGUUUUGGGGAGCAUCAGCACGCUCUCUCCGCCCUCAGACAUACAAAUAACAAUCCAGAGAUUUUUGGAGAGAAAAAGCGUCUGAUUGUGGAGUUCUCAUUAGAAAACAGGAAGGCUCUUGAAGUUCAGGCCAAAAGGAAAGAAAAGAUCCAGUCAAAGCAACAAUACCAAGAGGCGGUUAAAUCGGCUCAACAACUGCCAGCGAAGAAACCGUUUGGGAACUCCAAGAAGUCUCCUAGCCUUCCACUGAUACAACUGUCGGAGAAAGACAAGCAGAUGAGGCCAAAUAAGGCACCAAAAGGUCUGCCAUCUCACUGGGGCCCAAAGGUUCGCCACAAGUCCCGUAACCCUGGUGGACCACAGGGGAAAAAGGCCAAGGAUAAGGGGUUUAAGAAGGGCCAGCAACUGAAGCGACCUGCCCAAUCACACGAACAGGGACCAAAGCAAAAGAAACAAAGACGUGAGGUUUAUGAUGAUUUCGACAAGAUGGUCAACAAGUACAAGAAUAGUUUUAUGGCAAAGAAAUCAGCAUCGUCCAAGUGGUUUGAGUGAAUUACACAAAAUCAAUUGAUAUGUGCAAGUGGUUUGAAUUUCAGGAUCAGCUGCUCUUUUCAUGAGUGACUUCGAGAUCAGUUGUUUUGUCCAAAUGCUUUUACUGACUUUUCCUGAUCAGUUGUUCGUCAAAGUGAUUUGAGUGACUUUUUAGGAUCAGUUGCUUUGUCAAAGGGGUUUGAGUGACUUUUUUGGGAUAAUUGCUUUGUCAAAGUAUUAUGAGUGACAUUGCAAGGAUCAGUUUCUCUGUCAGAGGGGAUUGAAUGACUUAUUUGAUCAGUUUCUCUGUCAAGGUGGUUUGAGUGACAUUCCAAGGAUCAGUUAUUCUGUCAUCCGGAUCAGUCAUGCUGUCAAUAUUAAUAGAACUUUAAGAGACGUUACAACUGACCUUACAACAUAAAGGUGACCAUCAACGAUUUGAGUUACUGCUUUUCUUGACAACAACCUGUCAGCAUAGAUGACAAAGACUGGCUUUUAAUUGAUGACAUUUCUUUAAAAUUAUAGAAAUUGGACUUUUGUGUUGAAAUGCUUUGAAAUCUUUCGGGCAUGUUAUCCUUAUUUAAUCAUCUGAGAAAUAGAUGUUUUGUGUUACUGGACAUUUCCUGUCUGUUUUUUCUUUCUGUAAGAAGCUUUUUUAUUGGAUAUGUUACAUAAUAAAGAUUAAGAAAUAUUUAUUACUAUUUUCAAACGUUUCAUGUAAAAGUAUUGUUUCUUAAAGCUUUAUAGUCCCCAGAUUUUGCUGGCUAAAGAUUAGGUUUGCUUUUUUCUUAUUAUAUUAAAAAUGUUUUUACCAAAUAACUGCAGUGUGACUUCUGAAUAAAAGAUGUAACAUUUACACUAUGUUAUCAUGCUGCAUUUGAUGAUUUUAUCGAUGGGAAUGUGUUAAAUUUUGUGCACAUGAUAAUGGCAAACACGUAUGUAAUGGAAACAUGUUAAAGUUAAACAUUAAUUAAAAAACAACAACAAACCUAUUUAUGCCCCUGAAGGAGGGCAUAUAGUGAUCGCACUGUCUGUCUGUCUGUCUGCCCGUCUGUCAGUUUGUCUUUCUUUCUGUCACACUUUUGCGUUUACGGUUCAAUAAAUGCUCAUAACUUGUAUGUCCUUCAGAUGUAACCUUCAUAUUUGGUAUGCAUAUUUGGUAUGCAUGUGUAUAUGGACAAGGCCUUUCCAUACACACAACAUUUUUGACCCCUUUGACCUUCACCUUGAACUUGGGGUCUGCGUUUAGGUUUCGAAAUCUGCGUUAAGGUUUCGAAAAAGCGUUUUUUAGAGGGCAUAAUUAUUAUGUCUUCCGAUGGAGACAGCUCUUGUUUUUAUGUCUCCGGAUCAAAAGAUCGGGGGUAUAUAUUGAUUUUGGCCUGUCUGUCUGUCUGUCUGUCACUGUGUCAGUCAGUCAGUCAAGUCAUUCAUUGUGUGUGUCCCAACACUUUAACCAUGGUCAUAACUUUUGCAAUAUUGAUGAUAGCAACUUGAUAUUUGGCAUGCAUGUGUAUCUCAUGAAGCUGCACAUUUUGAGUGGUUAAAGGUCAAGGUCAUCCUUCAAGGUCAAAGGUCAAAAAAUAAAAUAAAAGCAGCGCAUUAGGGGGCAUUGUGCUUCUGACAAACACAUCUCUUGUUCAAUAAGAACAUGAUUUAAACUACUAAAACAAAAACACAACAUUUCCAUGUGCAAAACCAUGUAGUGAUAAUUAUUGUUUUAUUGGAAUACUAUUUUGUAUGUCUUUGAUUAUGGUUUGUUUGAUGGAUUUCUGUUUGAAAUAAUUAUUCAUAUAUCAAUGUAUUUUAAUAUGGAAAAAAAUGUUGCAUUAUGCAUA